GGUCCCUAUUCUCUCACAAUUCCCUCAGCUUCUCAUCUUCUACGUGCUGUAUUUUCUUGGCUUUCUGCUACUUUGAGUUGUUCCAAAAUGGCUGACCAAAUUCCAUUCGGUGUUGUGGAGCACAUUUUGACCAAGUUGGGGUCCAAGGCGUUUCAAGAAAUUGGAUCCAUGUAUGGUGUUCCAAAGGAGAUGACCAAGCUCAAUGGGAAACUGGGCACCAUCAAGGCUGUGCUUUUGGAUGCUGAGGAGAAGCAGCAGCAGCAGAGCAAUCGUGCAGUCAAAGAUUGGGUCCGGAAGCUCAACGGCGUUGUUUAUGACGCAGAUGACUUGCUGGAUGACUAUGCAACCCAUUAUCUGAAGCGAGGAGGGUUGGCAAGGCAGGUCAGUGACUUCUUCUCAUCUGAAAAUCAAGUUGCUUUUCGUUUAAACAUGAGUCAUAGACUCAAGGAUAUCAAAGAAAGGAUAGAUGCUAUUGAAAAAGAAAUCCGCAUGUUAAAUCUUAUUCCACGGGGCACAGUACACACUCGGGUAGAGAGUAGUUGGAGAGAGACCCAUUCAUUCGUGUUAACAUCUGAAAUUCUAGGAAGAGAAGAAAACAAAGAGGAGAUAAUAGGGAAGUUGUUGUCGUCCAAGGGUGAAGAAAAGCUUUCGGUUGUUGCCAUUGUAGGCAUUGGGGGGUUGGGUAAGACCACCCUUGCUAAAUUGGUAUACAAUGAUGAAAGAGUGGUCAAUCAUUUUGAGUUUAAGAUAUGGGCUUGCAUUUCCGAUGAUUCUGGUGAUGGUUUUGAUGUUAAUAUGUGGAUCAAAAAAAUUUUAAAAUCUCUGAAUGUUGGGGAUGCUGAAAGUCUGGAGACUAUGAAAACUAAGCUUCAUGAAAAAAUAAGUCAAAAGAGGUACUUGCUAGUCCUCGAUGAUGUUUGGAAUCAAAAUCCUCAACAAUGGGAUGACGUGAGAACUUUAUUAAUGGUUGGGGCUAUUGGUAGUAAAAUUGUAGUAACCACCAGAAAACCUAGAGUUGCAUCACUCAUGGGAGAUAAUUUUCCAAUUAAUUUGAAAGGUCUUGAUGAAAACGAUUCUUGGAGGUUGUUUUCAAAAAUCGCAUUUAAAGAUGGAGAGAAGGAUGUGCAUACAAACAUCACCCAAAUUGGAAAAGAAAUUGCAAAAAUGUGUAAGGGAGUUCCUCUCAUUAUUAAGUCUUUAGCAAUGAUAUUGCAGUUUAAAAGAGAACCGGGGCAGUGGUUGUCUAUUAGAAACAAUGAAAAUUUGCUGUCACUCGGAGAUGAAAAUGAGAAUGUUCUAGGGGUGCUGAAAUUAAGUUAUGAUAAUUUGCCAACUCAUUUGAGACAAUGUUUUACAUAUUGUGCUUUAUUUCCAAAAGACUAUGAGGUUGAGAAAAAGUUGGUGGUACAACUAUGGAUAGCACAAGGUUAUAUUCAAUCUUCAAAUGAUAAUAAUGGGCAAUUAGAGGAUAUAGGGGAUCAAUAUUUUGAGGAAUUAUUGUCAAGGUCAUUGUUGGAGAAGGCGGGAACCAAAAUGUAUAAAAUGCAUGACCUUAUACAUGAUCUUGCACAAUCAAUUGCAGGAUCUGAGAUCCUUGUUUUAAGAAGUGAUGUAAAUAACAUUCCAGAAGAAGCUCGUCAUGUAUCAUUGUUUGAAGAGGUAAAUCCUAUGAUAAAGGCUUUAAAGGGAAAACCCGUAAGGACCUUUCUGAACUUUUGUGAAGAUUCUUAUGAAGAUAGUACAAUUGUAAAUUCAUUUUUUCCGAGUUUCAUGUGUUUACGUGCAUUGAGUUUAAAUGGUAUGGAGGUAAAGAAGGUGCCAGAGUGUUUAGGCAAAUUGAGUCAUUUAAGGUAUCUUGAUCUUUCCUACAAUGAUUUUAAGGUACUUCCAAAUGCUAUUACAAGGUUAAAGAAUUUGCAAACACUAAAACUCGCAAGCUGUCGAAGAUUAAAAAGAAUUCCAGACAAUAUAGGAGAAUUGAUCAAUCUUCGACACUUGGAGAAUAGUAGAUGUCAUGACUUGACUCAUAUGCCACAUGGAAUCGGCAAGUUGACUUUACUUCAAAGUCUACCAUUGUUUGUGGUUGGGAAUGACAUAGGGUUAAGGAAUCACAAAAUUGGUAGCUUGAGUGAAUUGAAAGGCCUUAACCAACUAAGAGGAGGGUUAUGGAUAAGAAAUUUUCAAAACGUGAGGGAUGUUGAACUGGUAUCCAAGGGGGAAAUUUUGAAAGAAAAACAAUAUCUUCAGUCCUUGAGAUUGGAAUGGAAUCGGUGGGGCCAAGAUGGGGGGGAUGAGGGUGAUAAGUCAGUGAUGGAAGACCUUCAACCACACCCACACCUAAAGGAUAUCUUUAUAGAAGGUUAUGGAGGUACGGAGUUUCCAAGUUGGAUGAUGAAUGAUGGGUUGGGUUCCCUGUUUCCCUACCUAAUUGAAAUUGAAAUUUCGGGAUGUUCAAGAUGCAAAAUUCUGCCACCCUUUUCUCAACUCCCUUCUCUCAAGUCUUUGAGUCUUCAUGAUAUGAAAGAAGUGGUAUCCUUCAAUGCGGCAUCAUUACCUCGUCUUGAGGAACUAAGCCUGCGUGGAGUCAGAGCAAAGGUACUGAGGCAGUUCAUGUUUGUCUCUGCUUCUUCUUCAUUGAAGUCUCUGAGUAUAUGCGAGAUUGAUGGUAUGAUAUCUCUCCCAGAGGAGCCGCUUCAAUAUGUUUCCACUCUCGAAACUCUCUACAUUGUUGAGUGCUCUGGUUUGGCAACAUUACUGCACUGGAUGGGCAGCCUUUCCUCGCUUACGGAACUUAUUAUUUAUGACUGCUCUGAAUUGACAUCACUGCCAGAAGAGAUCUAUUCCCUUCAAAAACUGCAGACAUUUUAUUUCUGUGAUUAUCCACACCUAGAGGAAAGAUACAACAAGGAAACAGGUACAGACCGGGCCAAGAUUGCUCAUAUCCCACAUGUUCGUUUCAACAGUGAUUCCUAUAUGCUAAUGAUGUGUGGAUGAUGUGCACUAAACUAACCAUUUUACUUGGAGUUGUACAUUCUAAGAGUUUGAGGAAAUACUGAGACCCAAGAAUACAGAGGGCCACACUUGGUGAAGGUUUCAUCAGUAAGGAGAACCAUUUCAAAGUUUGUAGAAGAGAAGAAAGAUUUGAUCCAAGAUAUUCCUAAAGAUUGGAAACUUUCAAAGCCACCCAAGAUCGCACAGCCUACCUUAAUAAUUUGGGGAGACCAAGAUAAGGUAUUCCUAGUAGAACUGGCUCACAAAUUGAAAAGGCAUUUCAGGCGAGGAGGCCCAACUUGUGAUCAUAGAGCAUACUUUUAUCAUAGAGAAGCCCAAGGAAAUAUUUAAGCACUUGAAAUCCUUUCUCAUUGAUUUGCUUCCACCUCCCAAGCAACACCUAUAACCACUCCCACCAUGACGAAGUUAAAAGAACUUGGAAUUCAUGGCUACCCUGAAUUGACAUCCCUGCCAGAAGAUAUGUUCCCUCAAAAGCCUGCAGACACUAAACAAUUUGCAUAUGUUCACACUUAGAGGAAAGCUGCUGAAAGGAAAAGUGAAGACUAAGCAAAGAUUGCUCAUAUCCCACAAAUUGAUAUCAUACAUCCAUGAAGAUUGAACUAAUACAAAAUGCCUUUCAGAUGAUAUGAUCCAAACUCAAAUUGAACACUACUCUUGUUUUGCAACAUUACUGCACUCGAAAGGCAACUUCAACUCACUUAUAGACCUUCUUAUUGGUGAUUGCACUAAAUCGACACCACUUUGGAAGAGAUGUGUUCCACAUAGAAAAUCUUUCAUUAUAUGCACCUACUCGCAAUAUACCAAAGGGAAACAGGUGAAUACUUGCCCAGGAAUACAAAGGCCCUACUUAGUGAAGGUUCUAUCAAUAAGGAGAACCAUUUCAAGUCAAAGCAAAAUUGAAUAAUGACGUGGUUUCAACAACUUCUCAAAAGUAAUUGGAAAUCUCUGUUUAUUGGAUGCACGGAUGAUAUGAUCCAAACUCAAAUUGAACACUGCUCUUGUUUUGCAACAUUACUACAUUGGAAAAGGCAACUUCAACUCACUUAUAGACCUUCCUAUUGGUGACUGCACUGAAUUGACAUCACUUUGGAAGAGAUGUGUUCCAGAUGGAAAAUCUUUCAUUAUAUGCACCUACUUGCAAGAUACCAAAGGGAAACAUGUGAAUACUUGCCCAAGAAUACAGAGGGCCAUACUUGGUGAAGGUUUCGUCAAUAAAGAGAACCAUUUCAGCCUACCUUAAUAAUUUGGGGAGACCAAGAUACGGUAUUCCUAGUAGAACUAGCUUACAAAUUGAAAAGGAUGUGCCCCUAAGCAUUCUCAUGUUCCUAAUAUGAAGUAGAAAUGGACUUCUAAUUCAUGAAGAACUAAUGGGCUCUUUGAUUAUGCCAUCUAUAAUGUACUUCAGAACAUCACGAAGCUACAAAAGCACCAUUAUAGAGUACCCACCACAAGUCUAAUGGAGCAUGCUUCUCAACCUUCACAAUUACUUGUAAGCUGCUGAUAAGAUAAUUUUCUCUAUAAUUAGGAAAUCUUCUUUGCACUUAUAUCUUUUUACGUAGUCAUGCAUUGAGAGGUUGUGUUUGGUU